GUACACAGUAUUAUUCCAAAGUACAUAAGUACAAAGUUGACAAAGUAAAAGAUUUUUGAAUGAUUUCCUAGGAAUACUGCUCGCUUUACUUGAAGUGAAUAUCCUCGUAUUCAAUAGUCAUGAGACAAAUCUGAUACAAAUCAUUCUUAUUUAAUAAUUGUUAUUAUAGUAAAAUAAUUGGACCGAAUAGGUUACUGUAGGCCCAGAUUUGAUAGGCCAAGCAUGGAACUCGGAAGCACAAUUAGAAAUAAUUCCUAGCGCUAAACACAUGUUUCAAAUAUUUCCCUUAGUACUUCACUUAUGAAUAUAUACAUGUUUAAUAUGCAUGUUUAAAGUCACUUGUUAAAUAAUGUGAGCAAUGUCAAUUCAAAUUUCCACUGACAAUGCGGACAGUCACUAUAUGAUUAUGCAAAUAUAAUAAGCGAGCCAUAAAAUUCGUUGAUGAACGUUUCCUAUUCCAUUUGAAUCACACUUAUACUCGGCCAUUUUGUGGCGUCGUGUAGAUUGUAUUUCUAUUUAUUUAACUUUCAUUGAAAAGCUCUGUUGGCUCACACACAUUGCGAAAGCAAACUUAAAAGCCUCAACGACCACCAACCGCGCUUUAUCGUAUUACGUAAAAAUAGAUAUUGAUUAUUGUUCGAAGUCAAUCUUGCCACUCAGAAUAUUGUCCGAAAUCUCUGGCAACAAGAAAGCCCAUCUGGAAAGCGGAUGACGAACUGAAACUAGCAACAGGACGUAAUCACAAGAAACAAGGAAAUUUAGAAACAUUGCUGAUUGAUACCUUCCAGAACCAAGGUGUCAUACUAUAUCUUAUUUCCUUAUUUUUUGUAUGUGCGUGGCCGUCUGGCAUUCAGAAUAUACAAGUGGACAUAUGCAAGCGGAUGCGAGUGGACCUUAAAGCUGUAGCGAAGCAACAACAACAGAUUUGGAAAAAUGGUGGAGAGACUAUACACGAGAAGACGGUCUGAUCCGACAGAAUGUGGUUUCUUACCGACUAUAAUCGAAAACCUGGAGGGAUUUCAGGCUACAGAAAGCGACGAAGCAAUAUUACGAACAAGGUUCGGUCGGCAUAAAGAUAGGGCUCGUAGAAAUUCAUACCCAAACAGCAUUCACGAGGGUCUGACGGGGCCCAGACCUGCCAGUGGUGUGACCAGAUGUAAACAAAGUCCAAGACAGACAAAGUGUCGAAAGUGCAAUUCGAGAGAUCCUAUGCUACGCGUUAAAGCAAUCCCGAAGCAAGAUAAUAUCGUUUUUGAUAAGCAUAAACUUGAUAAAAUCGAAGAAGGGGAAUCCCAGUUGGAAUUGGCUGAGGAAAACGACGGGGACCGUGAGAAAGAUGCAACGGGACAUGAUAUGGUAGAUAUAUCAAACUAUUCUAAGAUUAUGACAGGCAGAAGAGGCAGCUAUCCUGUCGAUUCGACAGACUUUUUCCAGAGUAAUACAUUAGCCCGGGACAUCAGAGAUUAUAGCGAAUGCAAGGAGAGUAUAGUUACGAGGUGGAUGAAAUUCUUCUGAGAUUGAAUUUAUAUUUAAAUAUUGGCUUUACAGCAUGUUCGAACAUAGAUUUAUGAUGACGAGAUAUUGAAUUAUUGAUAAUAGCUAUAGAAAGCUUUGUUAGCGUAUAGCUCUUAAUAUGCAAAUUUCAGAGGCAACAUUAAAUAUUUAAGAAUAGUCAAUAACAUAUUCUCAUCAUGUUUCUAAUAUGACUGAUUCAAAAACUUCGGGAUCAUUCUGGAAAUGAGAACUUGAGGAAAUACUUCUAUUAUUGUCCGCUAAGGAAGCUAAGCAUUUUAGCGAAAUCACUUCCAAAUAUUGAACAUUAAAAAAAAAUGCGGAAAUUUUCAAGUACAUCGCACGCUUCUUUAGUGUUUGAUCGCGCAGUAUCACAAACAAAAUUCGCGUGUUUGCACUUCGAUUAUCAAAACAACAAGCUCGACUAAUCGCAUAAUCUGAUAGGAAAAUUAGGAAUUAGCUGGAAAAUGGUAUGAAAACUGUUUCAGGCAUUCAUAAUCUUGGCUUAUUUUAGCUUUCUCACCUGGGGUGCUGCAUACUGAUAGAAUACCAAAUAGUGCUACAAUCCACCUAAAAUGCGAUGUGCAACGUGAUCAUGACGCUGCAGUUUUAGU